ACUUGAUUAUUUUCUGCCAAAUUCGCUUUUAUCGCUGCUGACGUCGCUGUGAGCUUUCGAACACUUCGUCGCUGUAGCGCGCGAUGUUGCGCUCGCUCUAAAGCAUCCAUAACUCACCCACAAAAAAUACGUAUUAUAGUUGAAUUUAUAUACAUACAAAUGUACACGUAGUAUGCAUAUACAUAUAUUUUUACGUAUAUCGUACCUGUCGUGCUCAUCUUCUUGUCACCUUAAGCUUUGACUAUUAUUACCUGUAUGCGAACUGGAUUCUGCUGCUACAGCUUUGGGCCAACCAGCAAAAGCAAUAACAGCGACUUGUGUGAUAUUUCAAGUAACUUUAGCUAGAAGCUACUAACCACCUUUCAGCCUCUAUCCGUUGCUGUUCGCCACCUUCACAUUCAGUCUUAAACGAAAGCUUACGCGUUGUGGUGCAUAGUUUUUUUUUUGCUUAGCACGCUUUUGUGAAAAGUAAACGAUACAAAAACUCUUUGAAAGGACUUUAAGGGAUAAUUCCAUACGAAGCGUAUACAUAUAUUGCAUACGAAAACGAAAAAACCGUGAAAAUGUAUAAGAUUUUAUUAAGUGUAACACUGUGUGUGGCCAUGCUUGGCUCACUGGCUAACGCCCAAUGCCAACAACCCAACGGUACCCAGCCCAGCUCUAGCUCCUGUGAUGCCUAUAUCGAAUGUAAGAAUGGUGUCACUGAGGAGAAACUCUGCCCCGACGGUCUACUGUACAAUCCCAAUUCUUCCGGCUAUCCUUGUGGCUACCCCAUCGAAGUAGAGUGUCCACAAGCACGUAUACAACCCGCUCAAGCCACUGAUGAAUGUCCACACCAGUUCGGUUACUAUGGCAUGGGUGACUCUCGCAAUUGUGGUAAAUUCAAGAAUUGUGCCUCCGGACGUGGCUUCGUUUUGGACUGUCCCGAUGGUUUGGCAUGGAACAAGGACACUUAUAAAUGCGAUUGGCCCGAUCAAGUGCCCGAUUGUGAUGCCGAAGCUUUCCUCGGCUUUAAGUGUCCACCACCAAAACCAUCGCCCAAAGGGCAAUUCAUUGGUGAACCCGAACAGGAGUAUGAUUUCUAUCCAUCCAGCGAUAAUUGUCAGGUGUACUUUAUCUGUAUAGAGGGUCGUCCACGUCGUAUUGCUUGUGAUGAAGCUAGUGCCUUCAAUCCAGAAACGAAAAGCUGUGAUGACAUUGAUAAUGUGCCGAAUUGCAGUCCUGACAUCAAACAGCGAGGACAGGAUAUCAAGAAUGCGCGUCUAUCAGCGCAGAAGACGGCGGCAGCUGCAAAGCGAAGAUUUUAGAAAAUAUUAAUUCAAUUUGUACUUUAAAAUUGUUUUUUUUUUUGUUGUAAUGCUCUAGUCCACAGUGAAAAACAAGAAGAUUUAUUUUGGCCUUUUUGUAUGUAUGUAUGUAUAUUCUUGACAAUAAAAUCGACUUGAAAA